AUGGGAGAGAUUGUCAAACCACAUGAGCGUUCAAUGAGCAGACAGGUGUUUCAAGAUGGACAACUUCUUCUUCACUUCCUUGGUCUUCCGGUCCGGCAGCCUGUACGAAUAUCUGAGGACUCCCAGCAUCUGACGUGUAUACCGUUGAAAGACGUUUUGUUUCUUUCACUUGACACGGAAGGCAUUGUAGUAGGCCAAACCCCCCUCGCAGAAAAGUUUCAAAUCAAGGAAGAAAUCGAAAAUCCGGUUAUCGACAGGGACGUAGUUCUCGUGGUUUUCGGCAGCAAGAAUGAUCUAUGGCUUCUGACCGAACUCGAGAUCGACCUGGACCCAGUCGGUAUAAUAGACCCUCAAAAGGCUGCUUGUGACAUACUUCACUUGAACUGCCCAAUAGGACUGAGAGACCGCUUGGUGGAACUAGAAUGUCCAUGUAACCUGCCACACAUAGCAGGCAACGACGCAAAUUUCACCAUUCGCGCUCUAUUGAUGCUUGCAGUCCAAGGUACUGAGGGUAUGAUUGUUAGCAAAGCACAAGGUGUUAUUCUAUCAACAGCACAAGAGAUCGCAAAAUCUACCGGGCCUAAGAGGUUGCGUGAGAAGUUGUCUAAAACAUUGAGACGAGGAGAAGCGAAAGGAGGUCAUUCAGAACGUGAGGAAUCAAAACGUCUGAAGAAAGAGAUUAGAAGGCUGAAGAAAGAGAUUAAAAGGGUGGAGGAGGUGGCGAAGGUCUAUCGGCAGCACCAUUGA